AUUUUAUUUUCUGAAAUUAGGGCCAAAGAUGGCUCACUAACUGCGACAAGAUGACUGCGUUUGUUCUACAACCGUGCGCCAGCAUGGAAUCUUUGCACUAUGGAUCACCCACUCGAGAAUCGUCAAUUAGCCAUUUAUUAGGCAUAUCAUCUUUACAACAUCAUGUUGGGUUCAAUGUACGAAUCAGAGGACAUUCCCCUGUUCGGGGGGAACUUGCUGGGGGAUGGGUCCCUGGGCACGGGACAUGAGGAGCUUGUUGAGAAAUUGGUGGGGGGGUCCACCAUGUACCCGCAAACAGCGCCAAGUAGUGGUGUGUGUUACCAGGAAAAUCCACUGAAUGAUACAGCAGGGUUAUCAUUGGGGUCUGAAUGGAUGACAGAUAACAUAGAUCUCAGUCUUCUUGAUGAUCUGGUGGAUUCUGGUUUCCUUGGAAACCAAGAGGAGCUGAAAAAUAGUGCAUAUUAUGCAUGUCAGCCAAUUUCCCCAGCCAGCAGUUUCGACUCUGGAGUUGCUUCACCAGGAAGUUCGUCAUAUCCAAGCAUUGAAAGCCCAGUUUCAAACUACAGUGGGUCCGAUUCUUACAUUGACACACCACUCGAACAAUUAUCGCCUUUACCAGCGAACACAGCUGUAAAUACGCUUUCCACCGAACAGAAUGCUUUCCCAGAUUUCGGUAUCGAUGGAGAUUUGCUUUUAGAGGAACUUGGUAUUAAAGUUAUUGAAGAUAAUAAUUGUGAAUCUUCAUUUCCGAGCUUACAGGUCCAUGAAGUUCAACCUGCUACUACCACAACGAACACUAUUAACUGUAGUUCAGAGUUAAGUUUCUUGCUCAGCUCAACCAAUGCACAGCCUACACAUCAAACACCACCGGUGCCACAAGUUAGCCAAGUAAACUACAUCCCAGUAAAAACCUCUCCACCCCCUUCCAAAUCAAGGGGAGGUAGAAAAAGCAAAGUCACCACUACUGUUGAGAGAAAACAACGAAAACGUGACCAAAACAAAAAUGCUGCUACGAGGUACCGGGAAAGAAAACGUCUGGAGUUUUCAAAACAGGAAUCCGAGCAAAGAGUUUUGGAGGAAAAGAAUAAAUCAUUGCACGAUAAUGUUAACCGUGUGACCAGGGAAAUUGAGUAUCUGAAAGAAUUAAUGAUAGAGGUCUACAAAAUCAAAGGGUUAAUAAAAUAAACCGUUCGUUAAAAAAUAAUUUAUUUUUGUUUUAUAUUAAAUUCUCGUCUCUUUUUCUGGUUGAACUUGUUCGUUGUAUAGUUUUGUAAUAAACGUUGUGGCAUCAA